CUAAACUGGGGGCUCUGGAGUAUCUCUCCUUGUGUCCCCAUCUCUGUCGCCGCUCAAAACCCCAGCGAACGAGAAAGCCAGCGGUGUCUUCACUCUGACCCUCUUCUCCUAGUGUUCCGCUGUGUGCGUGGGUAUCCACCUGCUAACAACUUGCUUGUAUGACACACAGUGGACCACUUGUCCCUCAGUUCUCUGUUUCUGACAGCUCAAAACAGCUCAUAACCAUGAUACAGGUUUGGAUCCUUUCUCUGCUCCUGAAUCUGUCUCUGGCCUUCUCAAAGCUACAUGUUGAUCCUAGCAAAUUCCAUGCAUUCCCAAAGGACCACAUUGCUGGGGUGUUUCAGGUCCACUACAAAAAUCAAAUCAACCAGCUUACCUAUGCCUUUAAUGCCUCUGAGGCCAGGGAUGUGUGCUCAUUUCUUGGUGUAACCUUGGCCUCGAUUGCUCAGGUUGAAGAGGCUCAAAAACAAGGAUUGGAAACAUGCAGGUUUGGAUGGAUUGAUGAACAUUUUGCAGUGAUCCCUCGGAUUUUGCCCAGUUUAAGCUGUGGUAAAAACCAGACUGGUGUCAUCAAAUGGAGAGCCCCUGUCACCACACUGUUUGAUGUCUUCUGCUUCAAUAUUUCAGCGAUACAUUUGGAGGAUACCACAGCUGAUAGCCUUUUGACUACACAGGAGCAACUGGAGGGACCACGUCCUCCUUCUUCAGGAGUGACCUCAUCCCCCCCUACCUCCAUCUCUACAACAAUCAGUCAUCUUCCCCGAUCUACACACUCUGCUCAGCCCACGUCUCCUUCCUCCCUUUUCCCUCUCAGUGUCUCUCCCUCUGCCUCUAUCCAUCACUCUGAUAACCCAGAGGAGGUACACCCGUCCUUGAGCAACAAAAGGUUUUUAAUUGGAGCGGUACCAACAGUGUUACUUAUCACCUUUGCUUUUGUUAUUCUUCUGACUGCAAUGGCCAUUCUCUGGUACUUCAGAAAGGGGCAGAAGAAAGACUACACUGAGACUGAGGAUUGGAAACACACCUGUAUGAAAGAAACUAAGAAUCAGCAGAAUGAAUCUGCAACAGAGCCUGAUGACGAAGUGUGCAAAGAGAUUGCCAAGGAUGUCAGAGUGAACAUCCGUGAUGACACCAACACAAAAUACACAUCAGAGAUAGAGCCUUGAUGCAUUAGAAAAGGCCAAAGAUAUGUGCUUGCUGCUUUCUCUACAGUUAUGCUUGUGAGUUUCAAAGUUUGUUAUUGUUUAGCAGUUUGUACAUAAUGUGCAUAGUUUUUUUUUAAAUAUCUUUAUAGAAUAAGCGAUCCUUAAAACUAUCCUCCAAAAAGUACUUAUUUUCUCUUUUUUUGUUGGUCACAUCAAUACAGAUUGUUUGAGAUUUUUCAUUUUAUAUUCUAGCCACUACAUAGGAUGUCAACAAGAUGUCAACAUAGGAUUGUCGCUGUGUUAUGUAGCUGUGUACAUAUUUUCUGCCAUGCAGAUCAUUGACUUUAGAUAGACAGCAUGCCAGAGCCACUACUAAUAAAUUAUGUUUAAAUCCUAACUCCAAUCUUGAACUGCUAUAAUGCAGUUUAUUUGUUUUGUAUCCUUGCUUUAAAUUUAUGUCUUAGCCUUUUUUGAAAGGCUGUUGCUACAUGUUUUGGGUUAGUAUUUUACUAUUGUUAAUGUUCUACUACACAAAAUAUUCCAUAAUCUCACAGUGUUAAACUGCUUGACUAUAAAACAAUAUCAUUCCA